UUGGCCAUUUCCUGACAUCUUCCAUAGCAGAGCCUGACAUACUUUCUUCUGUGUUUUACUUCAUAUUUUGACUCCAGCAACAUUCAGCAACAAAAAUGCUUCUACUGACUACAUUGGUUUUCUGGCUUGCUGGCAUAUGUGAUGGUGUGCAGAGACUGACCUGUCCUUAUGAUCUAAAGGACGAGGACCUCCCCAGGGUGUGGUGUAAGGAGACGUCCCCACAGUGCUGUUCAGGCUUCAGCUUCAGCAGGGAGAGCCAGUCUUUGGAUGCAGGAAGGCUGAAGGUGACUCAGGGUGUUGACUCCUUCAUUGUGGAUGUCCUGGGCCUGGCCCAGGGAGAGGGAAUGUAUUGGUGCGGUGUGCUGAGCAGCAAUAAAACCAUCAUCAAACUGGCUGAGGAGUACUUCUACAGCAGUUCCUACGUUUGGGACAUUCUUCGCUGGAUUCUGAUGCCUCUGCUCCCCAUGGCGAUCAUCUUUUCUUACUGUUACUUAAAAAGCUUUCUCUCCAAACAACAGGAAAAGACCAAAACAAGAAGGAAAUGGGAGUAUACAUGAACAUCACGAUGAUCUCAGAUCUGGCACAAAAUAAUCCACAUACUGAAGAAGAGAUAACUGAGCUGGAAUGAUGGACAUUGCCAAAGGACACACCAAAUGCUAAAGGGGCUUUCAAUUCUAUGCUACAAAACGAGACAGCCAUUACAGCUUUUUACAGUUACACAAACUGAAGUACUGUACCUCAAGGAAAGGUAUUAGUCCUCCUGGUGGUUACAAGAGCUAAGUGAAAAGAAUCUAAACCAAUAGUUUGUCGUAGCUUUCAUGAUUUUCAUAAUGGGAAAAAAAGGUAAAUGCCAUCUAUGAAGAAAUACGUUUGCUUUUAUUAGGACGAGCCAAACACAGGUUCACAUCCAGUGAAAAUAUGGAAACAUUUCAUGGGAUGAAAAUAAAUAUCAAUCGACCUUUCUAUACAUUAUUUUCUUAUUGUACAACAUAAGCCUCAUGCGCCAAUUGGAAAUUUGCUCUUAGCAUUAUUUUUGCCUCAUGAACCACCCAUUGAAUGACAACAAUAGACAAUGCAGCAGUACUUUAGAUUAAUGCAUAGUUUCAUAUUUUGAAAGAUACAUUUUUACAUUUUAAACCAUCGAAUGUAAUCUAACGUGACAAGUAUAUAAUACAUCUAAAAGUCUGUCUCGUCAGUUAAUAAACAUACCUUGUAACAUUGUCGAAAUAAAAGCUUCAUGUACUGUAUAUCA